AUCCAUUGUCAGCCGUUGACACACACGUUGGGAAACAUAUCUUCGACAAAUGCAUCAAAGGAUUUUUGUCCGAUAAAAUCUGCGUUCUCGUCACGCAUCAAUUGCAGUACUUAAGGAAUGUGCAACAUGUUGUUCUGUUGAACAAAGGCAAAGUGGAGGCACAAGGUCCAUUCCAAACAUUGCAGAGAUACAACAAAGAGUCGCUGAUGCAUGCUCAGGAGGAAGGUGAUCAAAAUGCCAUGGACAACUCUCAGAAUCGGAUCCGCAAGCAUUCAUCCACGUCAUCAUUCUGUAGCGAGGAUGUCGAAGACGAACCAGACAAGCGCAAAGAACACCACGUGACUGGCAACAUUAAAUUCAGUACUUACAAAACAUAUUUCAAAGCUGCCCACAGUCGCUUCUUUGUUGUUUUCGUUUUCAUUCUGUUCAUUGUGGCGCAAUUUGCGUGGAGUGGUGCCGAUUUCUUCUUGGCCGAAUGGGUUGAUUGGGAGGAAAAAGUAACGAAACCUCCAGUUGAAACGGUUAAAAAUGCAACUGAAGUGCCUUCUAUAGCAAGCCGUUCAAGUGAAACUUCUGAACCGGUGAAAGAGAAACGCGAACAGCUCCUCAUUAUUUACACUAGUAUCAUGGUGCUCGGUACAAUUGCUUUUCUGUGCCGUUCAUUCUCAUUCUUUCGAAUGUGCUUACGCAUAUCAAUUAAUUUACAUGAUAUGAUUUUUCGAGGCAUCACUCGGGCGAAGAUGAUUUUCUUCAACAACAAUCCCAGUGGCCGUAUCUUGAAUCGAUUCGCAAGAGAUAUCAACAACGUUGACUCAUUGCUGCCAAAUAUUAUGGUUGAUGUUUUGGAUUGUUUCUUGCAAUAUUUGGCAAUUAUUGUCAUUAAUGCGAUUGUAAAUCCCUGGUUAUUGGUUCCAGCUGUUAUAAUGACACUACUUUUCUAUUUGAUGCGCCUUGUUUAUGUAAAUACCGGACGUAGUUUCAAACGAAUCGAAGCCUUAAGCCGUAGUCCAAUUUUCUCACACAUGAAUGCAACGCUUCAGGGCUUGUCCACAGUGCGUGCCUUCAAUGCGGACACAAUUUUAGAAAUGGAAUUUCACGAGUUCCAAGAUAUGAACACAUCAUGUUGGUAUCUUUUCAUUUGUGCAUCGCGAUGGUUUGCACUUUGGCUGGAUAUUGUGUGCCUUUUGUUCAUCGCCUUCGUCACUUACAGCUUCUUAAUUUUUGGAAAUACCGAAGACAGUGGCAAAGUUGGUUUGGCGAUAUUGAGCAGUAUUAAUUUGAUCGGAACGUGUCAAUGGGGAAUGCGUCAAAGUGCUGAGCUGGAAAAUCAAAUGACUUCCGUCGAACGUGUUAUUGAAUAUGCUGAAUUGCCUUCGGAACCGCCACUCGAAUCAGACGAGAAGAAUGCACCACCAAAAGAUUGGCCUUACUAUGGAAACAUCGAAUUCAAGUCGCUAAGCUUACGAUACGCUGAGAAUGGUGCUCGAAUUCUACGGAAUUUAACUUUCCGAAUCAAUGCCAAGGAAAAAAUCGGUGUAGUUGGUCGAACGGGUGCUGGCAAAAGUUCGAUAAUCCAGUCUCUGUUCCGUUUGGCUCAGAACGAAGGUCAGAUUUUGAUCGAUGGCAUUGAUGUCGGUGUGAUUGGUCUGCACGAUUUGCGAAAAAAGAUUUCGAUCAUUCCGCAAGAGGCGGUUCUAUUCUCUGGAAGUCUCCGGUUCAAUUUGGAUCCAUUCGCUGAGCGAAGCGACGACGAACUUUGGAACUCACUUGAGCAAGUCGAGUUGAAGUCAGUAAUAUCGUCAUUGCCUGGUGGCAUCGAUUGCAAAGUACUGGACGGUGGAUCGAAUUUCAGCGCUGGUCAACGUCAGCUGCUGUGUUUGGCGCGUGCCAUUCUACGAAACAGCAGAAUAUUGAUUCUCGACGAGGCGACGGCCAACGUUGAUUCCGAAACGGAUCGAUUAAUCCAGGACACGAUACGAAAUAAGUUCGGUGACUGUACCGUUAUAACGAUAGCACAUCGACUGCACACAGUCAUGGACAGCGAUAAGGUGCUAGUAGUGGACGCGGGCGAAAUUAUGGAGUUUGAUCAUCCGUUCGAGCUAAUUCAAAAGCCAGAUGGCUUCUUCAAACGACUACUCGAUCAAACUGGCAGUUCAACGGCGACAGCGCUCACACUUGUCGCCAAGGAGAGCUUCGAUCGAUGUAAUGCAAAACAGUGAAUAGUUUAAGCGGAUGGCAGCCAUGACUUCAAACAUACUUUUUACUCGUAUAUCUGAAAUCUGAACCAAAGUUCAUUCUACUUAAUUAGGUACUUAUCAUUUUGUGGCUUUUUUGCACAAUUUUUAUUUCUCGAUUUCAAUAUAUACAAACUAUAUUUUUAAUUGUACAAAUAAAUUUUUUAAAUAAAAUGAUGAAAGAUGCAAUCAAAUCCAA